AUGCCGACUGAGCUCUUGAGCUUCCCUCCGGCGUACUCUGUGGUCGGACUGUACCGUCUGCUGACGGAUCCGUCCAUUCGCGAGCCCGUCUAUGCCAAGGUCAAACAUGCGUCUGUUCGCGGUGCGAUCGUGAGCGGCGCUUAUGCGAUCCUAGGAUGGGGUAUCAUGGACUGGGUCGUCAAGAAGUUCGUCUUGAGAGGGAAGACGGGCACCGUAACACUCGGCCAUGGCUCUCUUUCGAUCAACAUCGAUCUCUUAUUCUACACGCACCUCCUCAUCUUGCUUCCGCAGCUUGGAUCGAUCAUGCGCUUCUUCAUUAUCAAGAAUCUCCGCAUCGCCCGGUCGCGUGCGUUCAACCUGACUGUCCAGAGCAGGGGCAAGCCUGCCGAGUUCUGGAACCAGGGCUACGUCGAAGAGUGGCAGGAUCCUCCCAAGCCCACGACCUCGGAGAGAAAGCUCUUUGGCCGGCUGCGCGGCCCAACACACCACCAGGAGAAGUGGGUCAAGUGGCUUUUGUGGUGGCCAAGCAAGAUCGUCAUCAAGAACUCGUUCGGUUUCGUCGCCUCUUGGCUCGAGGGCCUGCCUAUCAUCGGUUUGCUGUUCUCGGUAUCGAACCGUAUCGGUGCUGCUAUGUGGGCACACGACCUCGAGAAGCGCCAACACCUCUUCGGUCACCACGUUCUUAAGCCUCUCCCGCCCAACCGCACGGGAAUGUUCGGAUCCGGCACAGCUCUGGAUAUCACCCUGGAGGUGGUUCGUCAGGAGAAGGAGAUCCAUGCGAAAUGGAGCCACCGGCCAGCCUAUGCUCCGGUGACCGUGGACUCCGAGGAAAUCGACGACCAACCGCCCUCGUACGAGAUGAGCGAGGGUGACAACCUUCGCAGGUCCGCGGGUGCACCUGCCAGCAGCGAUGUUCGCGGUGUCUCUGGGUCAGUCGAUGUUGGCUUGACUCAGGCUGCCCAGAGGAUGCCACCUCCGCUUCCUCCGAGGAAGGGCAAUGUGGAGCCACACAUGCCCGAUAAGAUCCCAAGACCUGGUCGACCUGGAGCCCAACAAGCGACGGCGCCGAUCCCUGACGUCAGCGACCGGGAGGUCAAUGCCAUUGGGCUGCGAGGUUCGAUUUUGCAUGACGAAGUUUUGGAGCCCUGUGCCGAAGCUGCAGAGCUGGCAAAUUCCAUGACAUGCAUCGACUCCGACGGUCAAACUUGA